AAUCACUUAAUUAAUUAACUAAAUAAUAACAAUAAAAAAAUACGAUUAAUAGAUCAGAUGAAUAUCGCAAAAGCCACCAGUCACAUUUAGACUUCUCAAAAAAGCAAAGUCCAACCUCAAAAGAAAAAAGAAAAGAAAGAAAUAUCUACUUUACAAAUCCUUAUUAUAAUUUUAAUAUGUUUGGUAUAUGUUUUUAUUCAAAACUAAGAAUCUAUCUUGAAACAAUUAGCUUAACAAAGAGCUGAUUUAUUCUCAGAAGAGUAAAUGGCAUCACAAUAUUCUUAAUCCUAGUAAAAUGGCUAAAAUAGUUUUGAAAUUUAUUAUAAACAAGAUCAGCUAAUUAGUAAAAAUGAAGGAGAGUAAUAAAUUUAAAAAUAAGAGAAUGAAAGAAGCAAAUACGAAGGUAUCAAACCUUUAUUCAAAUAGCUUUUAGAAAACAAAAUUGAAUAACUCAUACUCAAAAAAUAAUCUUAAUAAAUUAAAAAUGAAAUUCCUAAAACUAGCUGGACAAAAAUUAAUAUUGAAGAUAUUUCUUUAGGAAGUAUAUAAAAUAUUAUUAGUAAGCAAAAAGAAUAAUAAGUGCUCAAAGGAUCUCAAUUUUUUGGAGGACAGAUGUCCUUUAUUGUUAGUUUGAAAGCUUCAGCCAACUUUAUUCAAAAUUCUUUAUUCCUAGAACACACCAUGAUUGAGCAAAUGGGAAAAGGAAAGCAGCUAUCAAAGAUUAUUGAUAACUCAUUCUAAUAUAUAUUGAAAAAUACAAUAGGGUUUGAAGGUAUUUCUAAAUUCGUCAACUCUUAAAGAACUAUUAAUAAAUAAAUUCAUGGCAUCGCUGCUCUUAAAAGUGCUUCUAAAACAAUAAGAACCUAAUUCACAGUUGAUAUAAUAUACACAUUAGUUGAAACAACAAUCGAUAUAACUAAAUUAAUCAGAGGAGAUAUUAAACCAAGAGAUUUGGCAAAGAAUAUAUUUUUUAACUUAUUUUCUUCCACAGGAAGCACUAUUGGUUUCACCUAUGGAACAAUUAAGUUUGGCAAUUCACUUGGAGGAGUUAUGGGUUCUAUAGCAGGAGCAUUUACAUCAAACUUUAUAGCACAAGUUGUAUAUAAGGAGUUUCUAUCUGACGAGCUAAUUAUUAAUGAAGAGUAGAUAAUUUAAAUUGUAAAAGAAAUAAUUUUUAAUAAAAGUUAGAAUUCUGAUUUAAAUAUGAAUGAAAUGGAAUUACUCCUCUAAAAGGUAGGAAAUGCUCCCUAAUUAUAAAUUGAUAACUCAUUCAAUGAAACAUCAUUUAAAUCAAAGCUUGAAGAAUUGGUGUUACUUUUUAUAUAAUAAAUCAAAGAAAAUAGAAACAAAGUAAUUUAGCAAUGA